AUGACUGGUAGCUCUGUCUAUGAUCCCGGUGAAGAAUUUCUACUCAAAUUUGGGAUUGAAAACACGACAGACGACAACAAAUUUGCAUUUCAUAUUAUCGGUCUACCUCCUUUACACAUUAAUAGUGACCUUAACGGUACUAUAGAAGCUUAUAUAACGGCAGUAGUGGGGCCUGAUCGCCUUUUUCUUUCUCAGACAUUGGCUAAUAUAACAAGAAUUUCAACGGCGCUCGAACUCGAUCCUCCUAAGCCACUUCCACCCCAACACAUAGAAAGAUUUGCUAUGGUCAGACUACCAGAUUACAAAGGCACAAUGACCUGGAUGAGGGCCCUGGUAAUCGAGCGAACAGAAACAUUUGCGGAGCUUUUUACGAUUGACAUCGGUAACAUUUACGCAGUGCCCCUGAACAGCUUAUACAAGAUGUCAAGAUAUUACGUCCCUAUAGCACUGCGAUUUACCAACAUGACAGAGUACUUCUUUUUGAGAGAUUUCAAAAAACUACUCUGGGCGAAGGUCAACGUGAAAAUUUAUUCCUAUGACAACGUCAGCUUUCUUAGCGAUACUCUGGAAAUGCGUUCGAGCACCGAUGAACAGUUCGAUCUGAGCAGUGCUAGGAAUGCACUUCUAAAAGAGUAA